UGAAGGUGAUGCUGAGAAAGUGUAGAAUGAUAUUGAAACCUGUCUGAGUCAUCGAAAGACAUAAUAUACAUUUAAAAACUAUAUUUUACAUGUCAUUUAUCUACUGAUAAAAUAAGUAUUUUGAUAUAUUUUGAUUAACAUUACCACAAAUAAUACAAAAUAAUAAUGAUAGAAUCAUCGACAUGGAAUUCAAGAAAAGACGAAACCAUAUACAAAGCGGCAGGUUCAAUACAUUUACGAAAAUAUGGGCAAUUUUUUGAAAAUUUAGCAUACAGAACAUGGAAGAAAGAUUCUACGUUAGAAUAUUUUAUGGAAGGUCCUCUUCGACUUGUAUAUAAACCUGUCGAAGACAUCAGUUUGAUAAAUUUAAUAGAAAUGGAAAAUAAGUUUUUAUCAAAAUUACUUGCUGCAGUUGCUGGCACUUGCAGAGAAAUUAAGCUACUUAAAAUAGAAGCUAAAACAUUUUAUAAGAAAUUGUUUACUCAUGGAGAGAGAGGAGCAGAGAAUAAUCAGAAUAAUAUCACAUCUCUUUUAUCUGAUUUGCAAGAUCUAUUUGUUUUUGUAAACAGAGUAUGGACAGUGGCACAUUUGACAACAGAACAAUUAUCUAGUCUAGCUGGUGAUUCUAAUGAUAUUUAUUUACCUGUACUAAUAGAACAUUUUAUUGGUUUGUUUAUAAUUGUUUUAACAUUAGAUGAAAUUGUUGAAUCUCAGCCAUCAUUAUUAGAACAGUGGAAGAAAUAUAGAAUGAAUGUAUACUCUAUUGUACAUAAUUCAUCGCACUUUGGCAUAAGUGAAUCUAAACUACAUCCAUUUACUAAAUUAUUGAAAGAUUUACAAGAAAAUUUAUUAAGGAAAGUCUUAUUUUCCAAAACAAUUGAACAUGUAAUGGAUGUAAAUAAAGGAUCAGUAAUGAGCAGCCAGAUUAUUCAUUACCUAAAAAGUUUAAUGUUAGACAUAGAGAAUAAACCAAAUGACUAUGUUUCGUUGAAUAAAAAUUGGGUUAAAAUAAAUAUUGGUAUUGUUGUGGUAACAAAAUUAUUUGGUACCUGUGAUAAAAAAUUAAUGAAAAGGGUGCUUGAAAAUAAUAAAAAGUUUUAUGCAGUAAAUUUAAUUGAAAAUGUUAUAUUGAUACCAAGUAAAUUUUUAAGUGAUUUUUUGCCAAAAGAAGCUGGUAGUGCUGUUAGUAAACAAAUUGGAGAAAAGAUAUUGUGUUUACAGAUACAAAAACUUCCCCAGACUGUAAACAAUUUAAUUCAUAAAGCAGUAACAUGGUGCAUUGAAAUGCAAAAUAUUUUAAUGAAGACAAGUCUUCAGAUUUCAGAUAUUGAGCAAAAACAAUCUUUAUUGAUUGAUUUAAUUGCUCUAUUAUCUCAGAUUAAAGAAAUUAUAUCUUUUAUAAUAAACAUGCAUGCAAUUCUUAUUAAACCAAUGAAUCGUAAUACCGUGCAAUUAAUUUGUAGAUUAAUAGAAGUACAAAAGUCUUUACAGACUACAUUUUACAUGUUGGGACCAGUUAUAGUGCAAUCACAAAGUCAAGUAUUACAAUAUUUGAGUUAUUAUAUCUUAAUUACAUUAGAAACUGUACGGAAAAGCUUGAUUCAGAAAGAUAAAGGUUAUAGUAAAGAAAAGUUAGAUGCAUUGUCAUUAGUGAGUUUAAGUAUGAGAUUAUUAAGUGGGCCAGCAAGUGCAGAUAGGAGGCUAAUAAUUAGAUGUACUCUAGCAUGUGCUAGUCAAUUAACAGAUACUUUUAAGGAAGAAGAUAUGAUGAAAUUGAGAUUUUCAUUAAACAAUUAUGAUACUAUUGCUGAAUUGCACAGCAUUAUCACAGAAGUCUGUGAUUACUCUAUAUUACUGUACCAUCAAAAUAUAAUUCCGGCUUACUUUUCCUCUGUAAUAGAUAGUAAUUUAAGUAUAAAUCACAUUGUUCAUUUGUUUAAUGCAUUUAAUAGUACUAUUAGUGAACAAGAAGAAUUAAUUCUAAAACAGAAAAAAAUUAUACAGUUGAAAGAAAUGUUAACUAAAAAUAUAUUAGAACCUGUUUGCCAUGAGAUUGAAACAAAUUUACGGCUUCAUGUUCAUGCACAUUUAAAACUUGAUUCUACAAAUCCAUUUAAUACUGGAACAAAAGAUGGUGAAAACAUAGUACGAUCAUUACCACUACCUCUAGCAAAUAGUAUGAUAUAUGCUAAAAGAUUUAUUGAACAUUAUCUUGAUGAUAUGUUUUAUAAUCUGACUACAGUGGCACUACAUGAUUGGAGAACGUAUAGAAUGAUGCAUGCUUUGGCACAUUAUAAAUUAAAUCUUGAUACUGUACAAAAUCAUUUACCUACACAAACCUUAGAACAAGGCUUGGAUGCUUUAGAAAUUAUGAGAAACAUUCAUGUAUUUGUUUCAAAAUAUCUAUAUAAUUUAAACAGUCAAACCUUCAUUGAACAUACUAGUAACAAUAAGCAUUUAAAUACUAUUGGAAUUCGUCAUAUUGCAAAUUCUAUUAGAACACAUGGAACUGGCAUUAUGAGUACAACGGUAAACUUUGUAUACCAAUUUCUUCGCAUAAAGUUACAUACAUUUUCACAGUUUCUUUUUGAUGAACAUAUAAAAUCAAGAUUGAUGCGAGAUAUAAGAUUUAUUAAAAUUCAAAGAGAAAAUGGUACAACACCUUAUACAUAUGGAAGAGCAGAAAAAUUUCAAAAAGAAAUCAGAAAACUGGGUAUGACACCGGAUGGUUUAAGUUAUUUAGAUCAAUUUCGACAAUUAAUAACUCAGAUUGGAAAUGCACUGGGAUAUGUACGAUUAAUUAGAUCUGGAGGAUUACAUGCUAGUUCAAAUGCUAUUUCAUUCCUACCAAAUAACAAUUCAUCUGUACCAUUUGAAUUAAUGUGUAAAAAUUUAAAUUACAGUUCAACAACUCAAGCAGCAGCAAAGUGUUUAGAGAAUGAUAUUGCAAAUUUAGUACGGAACUUUACAGAAGGUAUACAAUAUUUUAAACUUCUUGUUGAUGUAUUUGCAUCUGCUUUUCGUGAUACUAAAUCACAUCAUUUGCAACAGUUUUAUGCUAUUGUACCUCCACUAACAUUAAGUUUUGUGGAUAACUUAAUAUCAAAUAAAGAAAAAAUGUUUAAGAAAAAUCAAAUAGGUGCAGCUUUUACUGAUGAUGGGUUUGCUAUGGGAAUUGCUUACAUAAAUGCUCUUUUAAACCAGUCAUCAGAAUUAGAUAGUUUACAUUGGUUUAAAACAGUUGAACAGCAUAUAAGUAAUGAAAAGCAAGCUGCAGAAAAUAAAAAUGUUCAUGGAGAUGAAAAAUUGCAACAAACAUGGGCAUUAACUUUAAAACGCUUAGAUGACCGAAGUGCUGAAUUUCAAUUGCUCUAUUAUAGUUUAUCUGGCGCUAGAGUAUUCUUUAAACAGUCUGAUACGUAA